CUUCUGAAGUCUUAAAACGGGCUGCAGUAGUGGUGCUUGAAUGCGUGAAAGCAGAAUGCUGUGGAAGGUAACUGUGUCUUGACAAUUUGAAUAGAGAUAUAGCAAGAGAAAAUGUUAACAGAGUAAUUUACAAGGAUGUAAACUGAAGAUGAAAAUCGAGGGAUUAUUAUCAUUUUCUACUCUUGUUCAAAUGCACUCGUACAUGCUGGCUGUACUAGUACUAAGCCUAGGGGGAACCAUGACCUCUUCGCAACUUAUGCAAGAGAACCAUAGCCGUACCAGUUCAGUAGAUUAUGAACUCCAUCUCAGUUGCACCCAGAUAGGAGUUCUUGAUUCAACCCUAAUAUUUUAUGUUGAUCUGGUGAAUCUUCAUCACAGCCCAGAUAAAGAACCAACCUAUUUUCAAUAUAUAUGGACUGAUGGAGCAGACAAAACUGUCCACCCAAUACAGAGAAGAAAAAGAUUUUCUUUUUAUAGAGAUUAUUUUGGGAAUCCUGAUGUUAUACCGGGAACAUAUAAUAUGACUGUACAGGUUUACAAGCCUCGGAAAGUUGGUACUAAUGAUACCCUUAUUGCUCAAAACUAUACAUCAUUUACUAUUACAGAAUUCCUCAAUGUCAAUGUAUUAAUUUCUCAGAAGGUUAAAUCUAAACUGAAUAAUGGAACAACUUUUGCCACAGGGACAAACGUAACAUUUUAUGCCAAGGCAUUGGACAAUUUUACUAAUCCGGAAAUACUGAACAUGUCUUAUUUCUACCACUGGAAUCCUGAGGUUAGCAUAUACAAAGAUGAAGACAAUGAAAAAAACAAUAAUUUCACAUACAUAUUUACAAGUUCAGGAAAGCAGCUCAUGACUCUGAAUACAACUGUUGUGAUGAUGUUGAAUGACACAAACAGUACACAAAUGGUGAAGACAAAGUUGACAAAUAAGUCCCUUGUAUUAAAAGAUGCUGUUGGAAACCUGGAUUUGAAGUUAGACACUAUUCUCUUGACAGAACAGAAGCUUUCUGGAAAGAUAACGUGUACUGGAAGUGUUCCACUGAAUAUAACUAUCUGUGCACACAAAGGAGAUGAUAAUAACACUUGCUACCAAGCAUCAAAUUUGGACACGUGUACACUUGAUGUUUCUCUGCUGAAUAUUGUUUUUCACCAAGGAGGCAAAUAUAUGAUGAAUUUCACUGUAUCAAAUGAAGUUAGUGUGACGAGUGGUAAUUAUACACUUCAAGUGGAUGCCCCUGACUAUAAGCCCGUCAACCAGUUUGUUCCUAUAUUAUUUGCACUAAUGGUGAUUUUCAUCAUCGCAGCAGCCAUAGGAUACACAGUGUAUUCUAGGCGAAAACUGAUGGUGCCCAUUGAUCCUGAGGUGGCCAGCUUUGAGUUUCAAAGUGUUGAGGAAGACAAGCCAUCUCUUUUUCAGAGGUUCAAAAGUACAGAUUUUGGAAAGUUUUUAUUUGGUAGUUACAGAGCAGGAGAAAAACUGGGCCAGGCAAAUUAUGCUUCUUUUACUUUACGUUAUGGUUCAUUGAAAGAUGAAUAUGCCUAAUUUUUUUUCCUUUGGGAGGGGGGAUUGCCUUUUGAAAUUUUUGUUUCCAAAUGAAAUCCGAAUAGAUUGUUACCUGCAUAAAAUACUCAAAUAACAGACCUUUGAUCACGAGAAUGAAGACCAACCGAUGCUUAUUUUUGUAUGUCAGAUUGUUUGCCUCUCUGGUUUUGUUUGACAGACAUACAAAGAAUAAACCAGUUCACACCAGAGGAUUAAGUUAAACUGAAUUUGUUUAACUCGACAAUUGAGACUGCAGAGUUGAAUAUCAGCCCAGUUUUGUAGAAUGAUGUAUUAAAAAAACAGUUGCUUUUUACUUCAAAAUGUGUAUAUGUUUUGCACAUUGUAUAACUUUUAUCCACUAUAUUCUAGAUCUCAGUUCUACAGAAAUGUCAGUAAAUUACAAUCAGCUGUAUGACAUAUUUUAAUUAGGAUAUGAUGGGACACUCCAUCUCCCAUUACAAAUUUUUCAGAUCAAAAGAUUUGUCAGUUUUAUAUUAUAUCUUUAUUAGUCAAAAAUUAUGCUUUUAUAAGGAAAUUUUUAAGAAUUUAACUUUUCCAAGAAGUUUAGAGUCAGUGAUAAUAUUUAAUUGUAGAGUAAUGAGUUCAACAAAAUUAUUUUUGUUUCCUGAAUUUGGUGUAUUUUUUACUUCUUAAUACUAUUUAUCCCAAGAGAAUGGAGAAAGAACCACUUAUGAAUAUUUUAUCAUUAUUGAUAUCAGUGUUUAAAGUUAAACACACAGCGUUUUAUUUGUCUAUUUUUUUUCUGACAGUUUUUUUUUUUUUUUCGCCUAGUAUUUUCUGAAAUUAUUUUUGAUUCUCUAGCACAACUUUUAUUCUAUGGAAUUUUUAAUUUUGUUCCUAGUGCAAUUGUGAUGUGUUAUAGAAAUGACAAACUUACCAGUAGAUAUGUUUUACUUUCUAUGUAAAAACAAAAGCAUAUAUUAGUUGAAGAGUGCAUUUUUAUUAGGGUUGGACUUCCAAACAUUUCGACAGUAUCAAAGUGGUGAUAGGUAACAUGCUGACUGUGAUACAUGAACUGGAACAUAGCUGGUAGAGACAUCUUUUCUUUUAUUUAGAUUUCAUUUUAAUGCAACAAUUUUACUUGUGAAGUAAUGUCUGGAUCCAAUCUGUUCUGGUUGAGUAAAACUGUAUAUAAAUAUUGGCAAUAACGAUGGUUUACAACAUUGGGAAAGUGCCAAGGAGAAAAGGAUUUUAUUGUUACUUUAUCAGAAAAUAAAUUUAUUUUGAAAAAUGUCGACU